GAAAGUGGUGAGGAAGUACAGCUGAGAGUGGACAAAAGUGAAGCGUCUUUAGCUGCUGCUAUCAGCACAUAGCAGACAUACACACGCUAUGAUUACAACAUACUGGCCCAGGAGCUCCUCAGCAGUCCAAGAUGAGACUUCUGAGCUGAGGAAGUGUUGGAUGUGGGACUAAUUUCUUCUUUUUCUUCUUCUCCAUGCACACAGGAUGUCAGUAAAGCUGCGAUUCGACUCGCCCGCCGAUGGAAGUUCAGUCCAGCGGAGUCGCUCCUUCACUGGGUUCAACUCUCUGACGGGACGACGGCGGCCUUCCUCCGUGCGGAACUCUCUGCGCUCCAAAGUCGUGUCUGGGGGAAAAACUCCACGAGCUUCUUUGUCUCCCAGAAGAGGAUUUGGAUCCAUCUGGUCCCUGCAGCCAGAGGAGGUGGACCAAGUCUUCCAGGCGCUCUGCAAAGGCCUCAGAGAGCAUGUGCAGUGCCACCAGGCUGAGAUGGACUUCCUGUCUUCACGCCAGAGAGAGAGUAAAAGAAACUCCAGAUUGGCCUUUCUGUACGACCUGGACAAGGAGAUACGAGCCCAGGAAAGACACGUACGAAGGCUGGAAUUCCAAAUCAGCAAGGUGGACGAGCUCUACGAGAACUACUGCGUUCAGUGGCGCCUGUGUCAGGGAGUUGUCAACAUGAAACGAGCUUUCUCGCUCUCGCCGUCUUCCAGGGCGUCCAGAGAGAGUCUUUUAGAGCUCGGCCGCAACCACAGACACAGUGUGCAGGACAUGUCGGCCAUGGAGGGCGAGCUGGAGGUCCUCCUGGGAGAGCUGCACGUCAAAAUGAAAGGUCUGAUCGGCUUUGCUCGACUCUGCCCCGGCGACCAGUAUGAGGUGCUGCUGCAAUUGGGCCGCCAGCGCUGGAAGAUCCGAGGCAGGAUUGAAAGUGACGAUGUCCAGUCUUGGGACGAAGAGGAGAUGGUCUUCCUCCCGCACAUCAACCACAACUUUGAGAUUAAGGUAUCGGAGGCCAAGGGUUUGGGCUGGCUGCUGGUUGGUACGGUAACCUGUGCCAGCGCUCACUUCUUUGUGGCUAGUCCUCAGCUGAUGUUGGUGGACAUCACCGAGCUGGGAACCAUCAAACUGCAGCUAGAGGUCACCUGGAAUCCGUUGGACAGCGCUGAGAGGGCGGGUCCUUUGUCCAUCAGCAAACAGUUGGGGUCCAGCAGGAAAACUUCUGUGCAGAGUUGGACUGCACCGAGCACGCCCUCCUUCUCUGAAAAGUACUUCCUAUCCAUGGUCCGUGAGAUGAAGGAUGGCGGCGCUUCUGUCCCGUUCCCCUUGUCUAAGAAAGACAGGGGCGACGUUUCCCUGCUGAGCUACCUCUCCCAGUCGUCCAUUGCGUCAAAUUUCAGCCAACCAAGUCCAGCUCUCCUCAGCCGUGACACCAGUCUGGGAGGUAGUCGGACUCAUGUCUCGCUGGAGGAGGAAGGGGAGGACGCCCUGAAGGAAACGGAGAAGAGGAAGAGUCUCGGUGAGGAGGUGGAAGAUGGGGAGAAGACGUGGAGUGGGGAGUAUGCUGCUCAGCGUACAAGAGCUUCUGGGAUGUACCUGCAGAGGUGCAGCACCCCCGACAUCCUCAAAGCCAACACAGAUCCACAGCUGGAGGCUAAGGGCUCCGAGCCUCAUCAGAGUUCUGUCGGCGAGCAGGACGCCUCCCCCGCCUCUCCCCCGCCUGCCACACACCCCCCGGCAGCUGCUGAGGCGCCGGAGUGGGAGGGUCAGAGCAAAACCCAAGAGCAGGCGCUGCGACUGGGAUUGCUGAUUGCGGACCUUGAGGGAACCUUGCAGAACCAGUCCAGCUAUGAGAAGGAGCUAAGAGUCCUGAACCAGCAGAUAGUUCACCUGGCCACCAUACUGAGGAAUGACCUGUCCUUGAUGAGAAGCUCGUCAUCAGAAGACACCUUGGCUGUUGCGGAAGUUCUCUGCAGCUUUGACUUCCUGUCACAUGACGUCAACGCGGACGAUGAAACUUCUGGGUGAGUUGCUGUGCAAUUAGGCAUUAAAAAGCAACAAACACGCAGCAAACCUUUUUUCUCCUCAAACAUUGUGACUUGUCUAAGUAGGGCUUGUGGGGAAGAGUUGCUCAUUGCUCCUCUGACUUGUGGGAACUGUGGUCUAGAUCAGGCUCUGGAGAUUCACCUGGACACCUGCUGCAUCUUACUUCAGACGCUCCAGAGGAGCCACUUAAGUGCCGCCCGGAGAGAUCUACUGGAGGACGUGUCUCUUCAGGCCAACAUUGUGCAGCGAAUCAGCUGUUUGCUGCUGGAGAAGAAAGACGAUAUCUCUACAAGAGAGUUGCUGCUGGAGGCUGAGAGGGGAGUGCUGCACUUCUGGGAGGACUGCCUUAGUGACACCACAUCGCCAUUCUGCUGCCGCUCGGACGACUUUGUCACAGCGCUCAAGAAGAACUACUCUCACAAAGUCAAGUCCAAGGUCAGGGUCAAGCAGCCAGGACACUCUGAAAGAGUGUUCAGUGGGCUGGUGCAGGAGGUACAGGCGGCCAGCAGGGCGGCGCUGUGGCCUCCCCAGCCGCCGUGCAGCUCGGACAAGGUGAGCGUUUUCCAGCUGUCUCUUUACCUGCGACGCUGCAACAUCAGCACGCUGGGAGAACAUGUGACCCGCCUCUCCAAGGAAGAGUACUUUCUGUCCGCCAUGAGGGGACCCAAGCGGAGGCGAGCGUUAAACAGGAUGAGGGGGCGGGGCAUCACAGAGCUCCUCCCACUGGGACAUACGCUGCAGACGCUUGCAGGGCUGCAGCUGGACGGCAACAACAAAGUGUGCAAAGCUGCAGCGGAGUGCCUGCGACGGGGCGCCGGCUGCGGCGCGUUCCGGUCUAAGGCGGUGAUUUACUACACGGAGAGUUUGAGGAGCACCGACGUUCAAAUCCAGUUAGGCUCCUGUUUGGCGCUCAAACGUUUGAUGGCCACAGAGAGCGUGGACCACAUCGCAGAGCUGUGGAGGUCAGCUGAUGAUGACGUACGCAGCGCCGUCAAGGAGGCAAUUCUGUCUUUUGGUGGCAAAGGUCACGAGGCCUUCCAGAGGAUGGAGCAUCUGGACAUGUUAAUGCAGGAGGAGUUCUACCAGAACCUGGAGACCGAGAUCACCGUCCUAUAGGAACAACUUUCUUGUGUUUCCUCUGUGUUUGUGUGGACUGACAAAGAAAAACAAGCACAUGAGAGCAAAAAGGAUGCAUUUUUAAAGAUGAUUAACAGCAUGCAAUGUUUUUGUCAAACACUAUUUGUAGGCAUUUUAUUUUGACACUUCCUGUUAAACCCAAAGUGUAUUUUGAAAGCCUGACGAAAAGGAACACUUAGGUUUUUGACAUCGCAGAGAUAAAGAAAAUAACUGUCGAAAGUUACUUAGUCACGUUGAAAGUGGGAGCUACAAGGACAAGCGGUAGGAAAUGGAUGGGAUUGAUGGGCAAGUGUGUGUCUGGGGUCCGCGUACCUUCCGUUCAUUCUAUUCCCAAUUCUUAAAUGCAAAUCAAAAAACACAUUUCAGACCAUUUUUUUCUGUUUUCAUUUCUGAAACAAAAGUUAUUUAAGGACACUUUUUUAAAACGACAAUAGGACUCCCGCUGAACAAAGAUGUUACCGUUAGGAUAAAAACAUGCUUAAACGCAAACAAAAAGCUAAAAUACUGCUUCCGGUUCAAUUUGUCAUCACACAGAUGAACACCCAUUUUUUGCAUUUGGGAUGAACAUUUGUUUCGAUUUUUGUCUUGUUCUGGAUAAAUUUAACUCCACGAAAGGAAAACAGCACAAAAUCCAAUUUUAUGGCACUAUUUUAAUGAAAACCUGCCAUAUAUGAUUUAAAAAAAAAUCUAAAAAUCGGCCCUAAUUUUAUUUUUUGAUUUGCGUUUCAGAAUUGAGGACUCCUGCUGAAAAAAUAUGUUACCAUUAUGCUAAAAGCAAAGGAAAAGCUAAAAUGGUCCAUGUACCUUCCGUUCAUUCUAUUUCCAAUUCUGAAACGCAAAUCAAAAAAACAAAAUUAGGGUCGUUUUUCGAUUUUUAUUGUAUAUGGCAGAUUUUAAAACAAACAAAAAAGCGUUGAUUUUCGGUCUGUUCAUUCUAUUUCCAAUUCUUAAAUGCAAAUCAAAAAACACAUUUCGGACCAUUUUUUUCUAUUUUCAUUUCUGAAACAAAAUUUAAGGACACUUUUUUAAAAAUGACAAUAGGACUCCCGCUGAACAAAUAUGUUACCGUUAUGUUUAAAACAUGCUAAACGCGAAGGAAAGGCUAAAAUACUGCUUCUGGUUCAAUUUGUCAUCACACAAAUAAACACACAUUUUUGCAUUUUGGAUGAACAUUUUUUUUAGAUUGUUGUGUUUAUCUGGAAAAUGUUCAAUACAUAAAAGGAAAAUAUCACAAAGUCCAAUUUUAUGGCAAUAUUUGAAUGAAAAUCAACCCUUUUUUGUUUGUUUUAAAAUCUGCCAUAUAUAAUAAAAAGCGAAAAACGGCCCUAAUUUUAUUUUUUGAUUUGCGUUUCAGAAUUGGAAAUAGAAUGAACGGAAGGUUCGCGGACCAAAGAUGUUACCGUUGUGCUAAAAACAUCCAUCCAUCCAUUUUCUACCGCUUAUUCCCUUUGGGGUCGCGGGGGUCGCUGGAGCCUAUCUCAGCUACAAUCGGGCGGAAGGCGGGGUACACCCUGGACAAGUCGCCACCUCAUCGCAGGUGCUAAAAACAUGCUAAACGCAAAGGCAAUGCAAAAAUACUGCUUCCGGUUCAAAUUGUCAUCACACAGAUAACCACGCAUUUUUGCAUUCUGGAUGAACAUAUAUUGGAUUUCAGUGUUUAUCUGGAAAAAUACACAUCCAUAAAAGGAAAACCGCACAAAAUCCAAUUUUAUGGCAAUAUUUUAAUGAAAAUGGUCUGUGUACCUUGUGUUGAUUAUAUUUCCAAUUCUGGAACCCAAAUCAAAAAAACAAAAUUAGGGCCGUUUUUCGAUUUUGAUUAUAAAUGGCAGAUUUUAAGACAAACAAAAAAAGAGUUGAUUUUCAUUCAAAUAUUCCCAUAAAAUUGGAUUUUGUGCUGUUUUCCUUUUAUGGAUUUUAAAUGUUCCAGGUAAACACAAACACCGAUUAUAUGUUCAUCCAAAAUGCAAAAAUGCGUGUUUAUUUGUGUGAUGACAAAUUAACCCGGAAGCAGUAUUUUAGCUUUUCCUUUGUGUUUAGCAUAUUUUAGCAUAACGGCGAAUGCAGCUGAGAUAGGCUCAAGCACCCCCCGCGACCCCGAAAGGGACAAGCGGUAGAAAAAAGGAUGGAUGGUAACAUCUUUGUUCGGCAGUAGUCU